AUGUUAAACAUGAAGAAUAUAUUCCCCGUUUUAUUCGUGAUCAUUAAUGUUUUAUUACAUGGACAAGUGAUCUGUUUUGUUUGCAAAGACAUCACAAGCACUUCUGCACUUUACAGAUUGAAACUGUAUCUGUUCUGCGAUUACGACAGGGACAUUAUUCCCGAACAAAAAAAUGCCACUAAAAUCGAUUUUGGAUUAAGCAUUCAACAUUAUAACGUUGAUGAAUAUUCGCACACCGUCGAUUUCCACGUUAUGCUAAAAUUGAUGUGGGAACAGAGUCACCUCACGUGGAAAUCAUCCGAAUUCGAUUCUAUCAAUUCUAUUCGCGUAAAGAGUUACGAAAUCUGGGUCCCCGAUAUCGUGAUGCACAGCGUAACAAGCGUCGGUAUCGAUCUUGAGAUGCCCUCUGUCGAAUGCAUAGUGUUCAAUUCUGGCACUAUACUUUGCGUACCGUUCACUACGUAUACACCUGUUUGCGAAUAUGAUCACACUUGGUGGCCUUACGAUAUAUUGAACUGCACUAUACACAUUGCCUCGUGGUCCCACGGAAGCAACGAGAUUAAAUUAAACUCUUUGGAUACUGAACAAAUUUUAGAUGAUAUGUACAAUAAUAACACGGAAUGGGAGAUAGUGCAUAUGUCUCACAGCGAGAGCACGAUAGAUUCCAAAUUUGGUUUAGGUUUUACCACUGAUUUGUUAUCUUAUAAUAUUCUGCUGAGAAGACAUUACUCCAUGAACAGUACGACGUAUGUGACUUUGACCAUAGUAUUAAUGACCAUGACAUUGAUGACAUUAUGGUUAGAGCCAAGUUCUACGGAGCGUAUGAUCAUAGCAAAUCUGAAUUUUAUUCUGCAUCUAUUUUGCUUGUUAGAUGUGCAAUGGAGGAUUCCUUUCAAUGGAAUUCAAAUGCCAAACUUGAUGGUGUUCUAUGAGAAAUCUCUUGCCCUAGCCGCAUUCUCGCUUAUGUUGACAAGCAUCUUGCGAUAUUUGCAAGAAUUACACGUUGACGCUCCAACAUGGAUAUCCUCCGUCACUGAAUCGGUUUUAAAAAGUAAAAUAGGACAAGUGUUUUUGAUCACUAUUCUGGAUUCAAAAGUAUCGGCAAGGAUCGAAAUGAACGAGGAUGAUAACACGAGUUUGGUAUCUCUGGAUAAGAAACAGUAUACAUGGAGACACACGUCCGUUUUAAUCGGAUGGAGUGCUUUUUUAUGCAUUUCAUUUGUUUAUAUAAUUAUGCUAAUUAUUUUUAUACCAAGAAACAUAUAUGAAAAUUUUAUAAGUUAA